CGUGCGAAGGAAGCAGCUUGUCAUUCAGAGGAAUUCGCCACCUGAAACGCGUGACAGUAAAGUCGGUUAUAAAGCAGUCAUCUGCCUAGAGCUUUGCAAACUGAUGGACUUUAUCCUCAUUGAAUAUCUGAACAUGAAUAAUGUUAAAUGCCAUAUACUGUAUAACUGAUAUAAUAAUUCUCUGAGUGCUACUUCUCAUAUCAGGGAGCUGACCGACUAUCUAUCACAGCUUUUCUCUGGACCGAGCACGAGAUGAUACCACCAGGAGACUGCAUGUAUGCAGGUCGGAAACGGAGGAAGCCCAUACAGAAGCACAGAAAACCUGCACCUGUGAGCGAGAAGUCCAACCCAUCAAAGCGGCACAGAGACCGGUUGAAUGCAGAACUAGAUCGGCUUGCCAGUCUGCUUCCUUUCCCACCUGAGAUCAUCUCCAAACUGGACAAGCUAUCUGUGCUGCGUCUCAGUGUCAGUUACCUUCGGGUCAAAAGCUUCUUCCGUGCCAGUCAAGAGAAGCAGUUGAUGAAUCCCCUCAGCCCUCCGUCCAUAAAUGACAUCAGGAAGGAAACUGUGUCAGUUUUGCCAUGUACCUCUGAGAGUGAACUGCUGCUGGAGUCCCUAACAGGCUUUGCGCUUGUUAUAAGCAGUGAUGGAAUGGUCUUCUAUGCUUCCUCUACUAUAGUGGACUAUCUGGGCUUCCACCAAACUGAUGUGAUGCAUCAGAACUUCUUUGACUACAUUCACAUAGAUGAUAGGCAGGAGUUCAGGCAACAGCUCCACUGGUCCAUGAAUCCCUCAGUGAACCCUGAUCAGGACAGAGGAAAUGGUGAUGAUUUUGUGGUUAGCAGUUUACUUCACUCCCACAAUAAUGAUGGAGUUCCUCCAGAGUUUUCUUCCUUCCUUAACCGGUGUUUCAUCUCCAGAGUGCGCUGUCUGCUGGACAACACCUCAGGGUUUCUUACUAUGCAGUUCCAAGGACAUCUAAAGUUCUUGUACGGACAGAAGAAGACGACAGCAUCUGGCACGUUCUUACCUCCGCAGCUAGCUCUGUUUUGUGUGGCCAGGCCUCUGCUCUUGUCCUCAAUCACAGAGAUGAAGAUAAAAAACACAAUAAUUAAGGGAAAGCACAAAAUCACAGGCAACAACAUGAUUCUAGAUCAUAGUGACAGAGAAGAGCACUUGAGAACGCACUCAGUGAUGAACGAAGGAAGAGAAACACUUUUUCUGAAUUCUUCCAUUCCAGUAGCCACUUUACUUCACCCUACAUCAAGGGCACCAUUUUCCAAAGAAAAUGUCAAAUUCAAGAAUGAAGACUACAACAGUAAUGAAGAGCCUCUUAAAAGAGACUUUUUAGUUGGCCAGAAAGCCCCUGAUACAACAUGGCCUCCCAGAGGUUCUUAUGGGCCAUUCUGCAAUGGUAAUAGUGUCAACUUGUUGCUUGGUGGUCGAGUAAGCAAGCACGGUCACAAUGGGAAGCCCUACAAAAUAUCCCCAGUGUACUACAACAGCACGACAGAGCUUUAUAUUCCAAAGAUGUAUGGGAGUCUUCCUCCACAAGAAGUGGCGGAAGGUGAUUAUUUGGACAGCAACAAAAGUGAAAAUAGCUGUUAUGAAGUCCAAAGACAAGUUUAUGAUGCACAUAUGAUAGCCGAGUUACCGAUCAAGGUAGAGCAAGACUCUGAUGCAGAAAACGAUCGUGACUAUUAUGACCAGGCUUGGACGGAACGUGAGCAUAAUCUCAGCUCUUAUGAUAGCCUGCAAAUGAAAACAGAAGAUAGUUACUAUGAACAGUAUAUGCCCUGCCAAAAAAACACAGGAAGUAAUGGACAACUGUACAGUAACCAGUACUCAAAUGCCUUUGGAACAACUGCACCACCUGUAAAGUGUGCCAUUGAUAAAGAUUCAGAAUAUCCCCGUUCUGCGAGGCUAGGACACUUACAACCACUCUGCAGUAGCCAAAGUAGUAACUGUAUAGACAGCUACAAUGCUGGUACUAUGGAGCACAAGGGCUUCAUAAAUCAGGAUUACAAACUUGGAUAUCAGUUCAAAGGACAAGGGCUGCUUCAUUCCAUCAAGCGUGAGCCUAUGGAGUCUCCACCCUGGCAUGAAAAUGAAUAUGAACAGAUGGGUGGGCAAUGGAAUAUGAUGCCAAAUUCCAUAAUGAAUCUUUCGCAGCCCAAAGCUAAUCCAUAUAUCUUUAUGCAGUAACAUAACAUGACACUCUGCCAUGUAAAGGCUACCUUUGUUAUUACUGAUAAACCAAAGAUCAACGAUGCUCAAUGAAACCUUUAGCAGACACUUCUUAAAAAAGUACAAUUAUACAUGAUAGAUACACAAGGCAUUUAUAGUUACAGAUUCUUUACCUUUCAGGAUAUGGGAAAGAAUUAUUUUUCAUUAAUUAAACAUUUGUAUUAAAUGUGUAUUUUAUGAACUGUUGUCAUGUUUGCUUGUUUUUUGUUCUCAUUUUUUAACAUACUUUUGAUAGAAUAAUUCUAAUAUUUGUAUUAGGUAUUAGUUAUUGUUGAUCCAUCAGAAUCUUGAUAUUUGACCUGUAUGUACUGUAUGAUGAUUACUGUUUAUUGCACACUCUUUUAAAUAUUGUAGUCAUACUAUUAAACAAAAUCUUUACCAAAUGCACUUAAGUUGCACAGUGGCACAGAUGUUAACUUGUAACAUUAUAAAUGUGGGUUUCUGCCAUUUCUGUGGUUUCCUAGAAUUUUGGAUCUAAAUGAAUAAACAUUGUGUAAA